AUGAACGGUCAACGACAGGCUCUUGAACAGGAACUUGAACAGACUCAACAAGUGCUGAAAGAAGAAAUGGUUGAGGUUGAAAUAGUGACCCGGGACAUCCAAUCAGCCGAUGAGGAAGUGCUGAGCAAAGAGCUCAUUAAUGGCAAAAUUGCGAAAGUGGAUCUUCCACAAAAGUCACCAGUCACGGCUUCAGUAAUCUAUGAAGAUGAAGUGACUACCCGGGAUAUCCGGAACCAAGAGUUCGGUCUGAUUGAGCUUCCGAUCAAGCUGAAGCAAAACGAUUAUGUCGAUGUUCGGAUUAAACUUCCGUCUGGACAAGAUUACAUCGUGCUCAGCAAGAAACGGGUUGAAGACCUGCAGAACGGAACCGUUUGGUAUCAGAUGUCCGAAAAAGAAAUCCUGAAUAUGUCUUCAGCCAUCGUAGACGCGUACAUUAAUGACGCAAGUAUCUAUGCUUUGACGUAUGUUGAGCCUGGUAUACAGGAGAAAGCAUAUACAACCUACCCGGCCAAUAAGUCAGUGUUGGAUCUGAUCGAUUCCGAUUCGAAUAUUGUUCAGAAAGCAACCAGCGAACUUGAACGCCGGAAUCGCGUGAAACUAGAAGAAGCUCUUAAUGCAAUGACUCCGCAGCAGCGGCAGGAAUUUAAAAGUAAUCGUAACACGCAACAGACGGCUGAAGAGCAAGCUGCUGCAGAGCAAACAACAUAUCAGCAGCAAUCCAAUGAUCUGAUGAAUGAAACGAGUACAACACAACCUCAAAAUACGGAAACGAUUUUUAACGAUCAAAAUAGUGUAGAUGUCACAGCCUAUGUGGACUACCAAUACGCUUAUCCGAAAGUCGAAGGACAAGACGGAGUACGGCAGCACGAUCGCUUUGACGUGAUUGAGAAUGCCACGCUGGAGACGUAUCAGGAGCUGCAAAAAGAGAGUAAAUAUGAUUUUGUCCUGGUUGACAUCAGUCGUAAAGAUGAGCUGCAGCGGUGGCCAGGUGCAGCUCAAUAUUAUCUUGUCACAUCGCAUGACAACGCAGUAAUGCAACUACCAGACCGGCUCGAUAUUUUGAAAGGUACAACAAAAGCAGAUCGUGGGCAGUUUGACGAGGCAAGUGAAGUUAUCAACCUCAUCUAUCAGAAGGCAACCGAAUAUUACGAUCUGGUUCUGCUUGACUUACAUAGUGGCCGAAACAGCCCGGUAGUCCUGGAUGCAUUAAAUCAAUCAGAUCUGAUUGUCGUGUGCUUAUCCCAAAACAUCAACGUGCUGGAACGAUUCUUCUUGCAGCGCGAACAGCAACCUGAAGCUUUUCAGAAUAAGCCAUUCGUGAUCCUGCUCAGUCAGUAUGAUGAGGAUUCAAAAUUCAAAGUUAAAAAUAUCUGCAACAAGUAUCGGUACAAAGGGCCAGUAUUCACAAUGCCGUAUAAUACCAGCUUUAAAGAUCACAGUAAUGACGGCGAUAUUCAGGCAUUUUUCCGGAGAAACCAGCAGCUGAUGAAGUUUCAUCCAAAUCGAUUCUUCAUUGAAGAAUCACGCAAAUUAGCGUUGCACAUCUUGAACGAAUCGGGAAUCAACACCCAGGUUAAGCAAAUCUCAGGAAAAGGAGCA